UUCGCUCCCCAAAGACCCCCAACCCCGGCUCUCACGCGCCCCGACGCGCCGCGGCCACCCCGGGGCGCCUCCGGCACGGACGCCCCCCACCCAGAUCACCCGGGAACCCUUUCUCCUCGAGACGGCCCAGUUGCCGCCCCUGCGAGCACACGCCCGGUGCUCUCACAUUCGGGGCGCCCCCUCUCCAGCGCCCCCUCAUCCCCGCCAGGUGGUCACCAGCAGCCACAAUCACUGCGCGCGACUCUCUCUCCGUCUCUGUCGGUCUCUCUCUCUUUGCCAGGACUUUGUCCCCAGCCCUCCAGGGGACAAAGCCCCCGGCUCCCAGCGGCUCCGCGUGGCUGCACCCGAGAACCCUGUCCGUCUAGUCGAGAGGGCGCGUCGGUUCCAACACACACCCCGGGGCCGGGCCCUUCUGGCUUCCACUGGGUGACCCGCCGGGUUCCAGCCGGUUUGGCCGGCCCCGCGGGGCCGAGAUGCGACACCCGGCGCUGGGGGAGGGAUCUGCGGGGAGCCGGAGGCAAGACUCGUACGUUCCCAGACCCUCCGCAGGCCCCAGCUGAGGCGGACCGAUGGGGACACGGCUCUCCCCACACCGGUUUCAGGUGCUGGGGCUGCUGGUGUGGGCCCUGAUUGCUGACACCCCGUACCACCUGUACCCGGCCUACGGCUGGGUGAUGUUCGUCGCUGUCUUCCUCUGGCUGGUGACAAUCGUCUUCUUCAUCCUCUACCUGUUUCAGCUGCACAUGAAAUUGCAUAUGGUGCCGUGGCCGCUGGUGUUAAUGAUAUUCAACGUGGGCGCCACGGUUCUCUACAUCACGGCCUUCAUCACCUGCUCGGCUGUGGUUGACCUGACCUCCCUGAAGGGCACCCGGCCGUACAACCAGCGGGCAGCCGCCUCGUUCUUCGCUUGUUUAGUGAUGAUCGCCUACGGAGCGAGCGCCUUCUUCAGCUUCCAGGCCUGGCGGGGAGUGGGCAGCAACGCGGCCACCAGUCAGAUGGCUGGCGGCUACGCCUAGACGCCAGUGCCACGGCCCACCUUGGGGCUGAAGGCUGCAGCUGGGUCACCAUGCAGGGUGGCCCGCAAGCCCGAGGCCUGAGCUCUGCGUGGAUCAGCCUGGAAGGGCCUACACUGGCUCCUCUGCUCGUCACUCAGGCUCGCCUGACACUCCUAAGGCACUGGGAUCCCUCCUCUGGUUUGGCCCAAGUCGGCACGCGUGCGGACCGGAGAGAGUCCGACAGCUGAGACCCCUCCUCCCCAUCCCCCUCAUUCAGCAGGUGACGGGGGACACGGGGCUCCCAGUCUCCACUUUGUCUUUAGAGGACUCUAGAGCCCAGGCUGGGGCCCAGCCUUCUCCCCAGCACUAAAUGCACUAACAAGGACUCCAGACCUGCCGCCCCUCACCCACCACAGAAUACACCUAACAAGCAACGUGUAUUUCUCCCAGUCUUUGUUCUGGGAGAGCUGAGCAAGCUCAUGAAACCCUUCUGAUUCCUUACAACACAGUUCUGCCCCGACACCCACCCAAGCCAUGUCUGUGUAGAGACACUUGUAGAAAGAGUGUUAUGCUUCCUGACAGCAUGGUCUUCCUUUCCUGCAUUUCAAAUGUACCAGUUACUUAAAGCAAAUGGGUUCUAAGCGACGUCUCAGUGAUGUUCACCCGUCCAGGCGUUCCGCCCUUUCCCAGCCCCGGCUGUAACAUUCCCUUUGGGACAGGUGCCAACUGCUCCCCGAGGCCAUUGAUGAGGCACACGGGACACGAGGGAGGGAGGGACUCAAGACCUCGCCCGGUGACUUGCCAUGUGCUUGGUGGUGACUUUGUUGUUUUUGGUUUUUUUUACAAAAAUAAAGAUGGAAGAACUUAUUUGGAAAAGA